AGGAAAAAAAAAAAAAAACAGGGGAGAGAGACUGAGGGUCAUAAAACAAAUUGUAUUCACAAAAUAACUAAUUUUUAGCUUACUGGCUGAGAAAAAGGCAUUCAGACCAAAGGUUAUCUGUCUCUUUGACUUCAGUUUUACAUAGUAACAAAGCUAAUAUCUUAAUCUGCCUCCAGAAUUUCCAUGUUCUCUUUUAAUCAUUACAGUAUUCUCCCAAGCAAGAAUAAAGACUGGAUCCAUCAGAAUUUGGAUUAAGUAUAAUCUCCAAUAAUGCAAAGGUUAAUGCUGUUAAGUUUUGGUGUCAUUUAAGGAGUCGAAUGGGCUGAAAAAUGUGCCUCAACUUACAUAUGUAGAGGCACUGGAUUGAGUCAUGGGAACUUUUUUUAGUCUUAGCUUUGCCAUGAAUUCGUCUGUGUGGCAAUGAACAAAUCCUUUAACUUUUCUGUACCACAGCUGUAAUGAGAGAGCUGGUUGAGGUGAUUACCGAGCCCCUUUUCAUCUCUAGAAUUCUAUGAUUUGGUAGAAUCCAGGGAUAUUUACUACUUUAAAAAAAUAAUACUGAAGCUUAAUUUCAUAUAAUGCUAUUGGAAAUGUUAGAGUAAUAAUGCGGCCCUCUGUCAUGUUUCGUGGUUAAUAUUGCUUCUAGUUCUGAGAUGUGACCUGAUGAUAGUCAAGAAAACCUCAACCAGGCCUAGGAAUGGGUUCUGCAGUGAGUACUGGCCCCAUUUCUGUCUGAAGGAUACUCAUUAACACUUUCUGAGGGAGGGGAGAGGAGGAAUCAUAUUCCUGACCCUUGAAAUGAUGGGAAAAUUAUAGAACUGAACUUAAAUCUUCUAGCUUAGUUGAAGAAAAAUGUGCAGAUUUGGUUUGGCAAGACCAUUUAUGACUCCAUGUGGAGUGGAAAAUGGGCUUAGUUCACUUCAUGCUGCUCAAUCUAAUUUGAAGUAAUUCGGGAAUUCCUAGGUUUUUGAGGACAGAGAGCUUGUCUCCUUAGAGCCUUGUUUCCUGGCAGUUGAGAGUAAAGGAUUAAAUUGAGCUGAAACCCCUUUGAUUGGCAUCUUGACACCCAGCAAAUUUAAAAAGAAGGGAUUUUGUUCAGUUUUUUAAAAUGGAUAAUAGUGGGAAAAGCUUUCCUAAAAAUAUCCAAGUUUGCAAAGAGGACUUAACAUCUUUUUAAAGAAGGAAAAAAAAAAAAAAGGACCUAACUCCUGGAGAUGUGCACUACUAAAAACUUUCACAAUUACUAGUGAUGCCAUCUCAUAGAAGAAGUUUUAACUUCCAGAUUUAUUUGAAAAGACCUAGAUGGGAGCGUUAAAAUUGGCUAGCUCUGCUGAACUGGCACUGCCUGAGAGCUUUCAAGGGGAAACAAAGGACUAUGAACUUCUGAGUGCCAUUUGAGGAAUCUGUGUGUAAAAGACAAGUAUACAAACUUACUGAAUCUAUAGUAGUGUCUUUUUUUAGAUGUAAAAGAUCUUAAUUCUGCACAGUAUUGAGUGGUACGAUGCAUGCAGGCUUCCUUUCAGAUAGGUAGAGAUGAUUACUCUGCCAUCAUCUACCUUGAAUAGCAUAGUUUCAGGUUGACUUCAAUAAAACCCCAUCAUGGCACAAAGGGAGCUGUACUCACCUUAACAACCCCAUUUUAAAUAGGUAUGAUGCUGCUUUUGAACACUGUGGGAGAUUGUAAUAAAUUGCACCUUGGCAGAGAUUUCAAACCGACAAGUUAGCCAGAUAUUUUAAGCAAUUGAGUUCAGGGUGUAUCAGCAGAUUUUUUUUUUUUCCAAUGCCAUUUGGGUGCCUGCUGACACAUCUGGAAUAAAUAUUACAAGUGACCACACUUCCUAGAGAUGAACAAAUAAUGAUGAUGGGCCAAAGUCUGUUUUAAGAUCCAAAGCCUUUCAUUGAUUCUUGCCCAUCUGAUUAACUUUAAAAAGAGCCUCCAGAUAAGGUAUAAAUCUCUUCACUAGAGAACCAUGUUCCAUAUUUGCAUAUCCUUCGAGUCUUGCCACUAGUUUUGAGUUUUAUGAGAUCAGCUAAUUGGUGAUUGACUAAGUAAAAUGAAUCAUUUUGAGUUUCUGCAUCAUCCCCAUUUGCAUUACUUUAAAAUUUGUAACUUUAGAGGGAAGUGGAUCCAACAAAUAAAUCAACCAGAGAAUAGGUUCCUCUUUCUGGAUGCCAGUACAUGCUGUUUCAGAUGACACCAAAGUCUUUAAAGUGAAGAUCUUUAUUUCUGGAACAAUUUUAGAGUGGUGGGUUUUUUUUCCCCUCUUACUCUAAUGACUAGGUCUGUGGCCAGUGUUUUUUAAGUCAAUGUUUCUUGGUGUGUUUAUUUAAACAUAUUUUCUGAUUCUGAAAUUCCUGUGGCAACCUUGUUUUUUGUUUUUGUUUUGUUUCCUGUUGUUUCCGGUUUUUAUGUCAAAUAAACACCCACCAGGAGCUAAACACUUGCCUAAAAAUUGGAUUAUUCAUUGAGUCAGAAAAAAGAAGGGAAGUUAUUAACUGGUUAGAUUAAAGGGAGCUCAAAUCGUCCAUAGUAGGCAUUUCUAAAGGAAAAUAAAAUGAAAUGACAUGAAGUAGUCUUGUCAUUCAGUGUCGAUUUUAAGCUCAAAUAAUGAAAUCUCAAAAAACAGUGGCGUUGAAUCUUUCUGACGAUUGAGAAAAUGAGAUUUGGUGUUGCUUUACUGUCGAGCGAAUAUAUUUAAGGGAUUGGAAGACGUACUACCCUUUUCAUAAAACAUUCCUUUCAGUAAAAUGCGUUUUCCCUGGUUGGGCGCACGCAUGCAUUCACUUCAGAGCCCCAUCGAUCUUGGGCUUGGCAAGCCCAGUGGCCCCCGCUGCCCGUCUAGGUGCCCUAUGCCAGCGAUUGCCCGGUGCAAGCAGGGGACGGCCCGGCUACCCUGAGAGGGGGCCCAGUGCCCCUGGGCAGGCCGGCUGCCAGCAGCCCGACUUUGGCCUCUGAGGCCCGUCCCCCACCCCGAGUCCCACUGCCAGGGCGGAGCCCCAGGGUGGGCCGUCCCUACUUUGUCCCCGGGCCGCCCCUGCGCACUGCGUCCCGCCCCGGACGGACAGGCGGUCGGCCCGCCCGCGGGAGGGGGAGCUCCGGAGCUCAGCCUGGUCCUAACCAACCCCCGGGUUGGCAAAGCAAAAGCAACUGCUCGGCAGCGGGCGCGUACGCUGGGGCCCCAAGCCCCGGCCAAGUUGCCGCUGCCUGCACACCUGGCACCCCUGGAACUCUGGCUCUCCUAGCUGCGGGCCGGGCUGGGCUGGACCGCCGGACGCAGGACGGACCAUUCCUCGCGCGCCCCCCAGCCGGGCUCCGUUUUAGGCGCCCACCCCAUGACUGAGCACGGGACCGGGAGAAAGGAAGGCGGUCCCCCACCCCACCUGCAGCCUCGGUGUCCCCGACAUGAUCCCCUACUUCUCCGCCAACGCGGUCAUCUCCCAGAACGCCAUCAAUCAGCUUAUCAGCGAAAGUUUCCUCACUGUGAAAGGUGCAGCCCUCUUCCUGCCACGGGGAAAUGGGUCAUCCACACCGAGAAUCAGUCACAGGCGCAACAAGCAUGCAGGUGAUCUUCAGCAGCACCUGCAGGCCAUGUUCAUAUUACUCCGCCCUGAAGACAACAUUAGGCUGGCUGUGAGAUUGGAAAGCACAUACCAGAACCGCACUCGAUAUAUGGUGGUGGUUUCCACGAAUGGCAGACAAGAUACUGAAGAAAGCAUUGUGCUCGGGAUGGAUUUCUCCUCCAAUGACAGUAGCACUUGUACCAUGGGUCUGGUCCUGCCUCUCUGGAGUGACACCCUUAUUCAUUUGGAUGGCGAUGGUGGGUUCAGCGUUUCAACAGAUAACAGAGUUCACAUAUUCAAACCCGUGUCCGUGCAGGCAAUGUGGUCUGCAUUACAAAGUUUACAUAAGGCAUGUGAAGUGGCCAGAAGUCAUAACUAUUACCCAGGCAGUCUAUUCCUAACCUGGGUGAGUUACUAUGAGAGCCAUAUCAACUCUGACCAGUCAUCAGUCAACGAAUGGAACGCCAUGAGAGAUGUGCAGUCCCAUCGGCCAGAUUCACCAGCUCUCUUUACAGAUAUCCCAACUGAGCGAGAACGCACAGAACGGUUAAUAAAGACCAAACUAAGGGAAAUUAUGAUGCAGAAGGAUUUGGAAAACAUCACAUCCAAAGAGAUACGCACAGAGUUAGAAAUGCAGAUGGCAUGCAACCUGAGGGAGUUCAAAGAGUUCAUAGAUAAUGAGAUGAUCGUGAUCCUGGGACAGAUGGACAGCCCCACCCAAAUCUUUGAGCACGUGUUUCUGGGUUCAGAGUGGAAUGCCUCCAAUUUAGAAGACUUACAGAACCGAGGGGUACGUUACAUCUUGAAUGUUACUCGGGAAAUAGAUAACUUCUUCCCAGGAGUCUUUGAGUAUCAUAACAUUCGGGUGUAUGACGAGGAAGCCACAGAUCUGCUCGCCUACUGGAAUGACACUUACAAAUUCAUCUCCAAAGCCAAGAAACAUGGCUCUAAAUGCCUCGUGCACUGCAAGAUGGGGGUGAGCCGGUCCGCCUCCACUGUGAUCGCUUAUGCUAUGAAGGAAUAUGGCUGGAACUUGGACCGUGCCUAUGACUAUGUGAAAGAAAGGCGCACCGUCACCAAGCCCAACCCCAGUUUCAUGAGGCAGCUGGAGGAGUACCAAGGCAUCCUGCUGGCCAGCAAACAACGGCACAAUAAGCUCUGGCGAUCUCACUCUGAUAGCGACCUCUCGGACCACCACGAGCCAAUCUGCCAAUCAGGGCUGGAGCUUAACCGGAAGGAGAUCACCACCUCAGCAGACCAGAUCACCGAGGCAAAGACUGCUGAGAGCCACCCCCCGAUAUCCCCUGUCUUUGUGGAGCACAGACUCCCCCAAGAUGUAAACACACACGAACUGUGCACUAAAGAGAGAAUGAUCUGCUUAGAGUUUACGUCUAGAGAAUUUCAUACGGGACAAAUUGAGGACGAAAUAAAUCUCAAUAACAUUAAUGGGUGUUCAGCCGGGUGUUGCCUGAGCGAAUCAAAAUUUCCUCUUGACAAUUGCCAUGCAUCUGAAGCCUUAAUCCAGCCUGAAAACCCCUUGGAGAUCCCCGCACAGUUCCCAGACUUGACAGUGGAAGAUCUGGAGACGGACGCACUCAAAACAGACAUCAGUGUCCAUUUGCUCCCCAUGGAAGAGCUGACAUCUCGCUUGAGAGACCUCCCGGGGUCUCCAGACCCCGACUCGCCUGGUCCCCAACCCUGUCCCCAGCCUGCAGCGUCAGACUUCAGUGCCGAUCGCAUCGAUUUCUUCAGUGCCUUGGAGAAGUUUGUGGAGCUCUCCCAGGAGACGCGUCCCCGCUCCUGCUCGCACUCCAGGCCUGAGGAAGUGGGGAGGAAUGGUGGAGUUCGGUUGUCAGUGCUGGAAACAGCCCCUUUGGAGGCAACCCCUGAGGGGCAGAGAAGCAGCUCCUCCAGCAAUACCCCCCAUGUGUCAGGAGACUCUUCCAUGGAUGAAGACCAGCCAAAGGACAUCUCUGAAGUGACUAGCCCAGAGGACAUGAUGCAAUCCCACUCAGAAAAUGCUAUUUCAGUGAAAGAAAUUAUCACUGAAAUUGAAUCCAUCAAUCAAGGAAUCGGGCAAUGUCAGCAGAAGGUAGAUAUACUGUCCAACCCAUGCCAAACACCAAAGAGAAACACCAUCCACGAAUUGCCAGUCUUUGAGACAACCUGGGCCUCUGAGAAUAAACCCAUCCACCUGGACCAGAAGGAGGGAGUUUGCACACUGCAGUCUGAGCUGGCAAAGGCAGACCAGGAGGCUAUGCUGAUGGCCCCAGUUCCCCUGGAAGAUCCAGAAGGAGACCUAACUGAGGAAGACCCAGAGUCACGAGGUCCAGGUUUGAACCCAGCGCCCAAAUGGUGCCCUGGGUCUGUGAGGCGAGCAACCUUGGAGUUUGAAGAACGGUUGAGACAGGAGCAAGAACACCAUAGUGCCGCUCCCCUCUGCACGCUGCCCACCCGCAAGAACUCCAGGAAUGAUUCCACUGGGCCUGAUGGAACUCCAAGAAGCAAGAAUGAUGAGCCCGCCCUCGAACCUGCCUCGGGCCCUAAAGACCUGGAAUCGGGCAAGGUCAGAGCAAAAGACAGCGUGGCGGAGAGCUUCCCUGCCCAGCCAGACCAGGCAUCUGCGCCGCUGGCAUUCCACCCUGCUUUGCAAGAGCCCGCCCUGGCAGAUGUUGGGGCAAAGCAGGGAGGGGCAUCCAAGGAACCCCCAGCGUCCAAGAAGAAGCCUUUUCCGGAUCACCUUCCCAAAAGGUUUGAAGUCAUUGAAUACACGCCCAUGGUGACAUCUCCUGACCUCAUGUUUGAUGUGGCUACAGCAGAAAAGAAGAUGGAAGUGGGGAAGACUGCAAUGGUGGAAAACUCCAUCGUCAUGUUGUGUUCCGUGGAUGAAAAUCUCAACACCACGCUGUGCCCAGAGCCAGCUUCUCAGCGUCCUCAAACACUCCCUCUGCCUCGUCCUGUGUCUCCUCAGCGCCAUGGGGCUCCCCAAGCUGCCUUCACCCUGGGCAGUCCUGAAGAGGAGGACUCCAGCCCUCUUCCUCCUCCAGGAGCAGCUCGUUCAGGGAGUCCUCCAGCACCCUUAUCUUCAGGUGGCCUGGAUUGCCCCCAUCCCCAGAUUGUCCUCCACAUAGAAGGGGUGACGCAAGAAAGCAGCACCACGGACAGCGAACCCUCCUCCCAGCAGAGUUACUAUGCUGACCAUACCCCCAGCGGCACCCCCGAACUCCCUGGGGAGGGGGAGGGGGUGCUGGUCCUGGGGGGCAGUGAAAACCUCAGAGUGGUUGAGAACCUGGAGGAGGGGCACAAGACUGCUCCCUGUGGUCUCCCAUAUAGUUCCAGUAGCGACAGUAUAAAGAACCUCAGCCGGGGCACCAGGCUGGUGAAGAAGCAUUCAAAAGAAAUGGAGUCCCGAGUGCUUCGACAGGCAGGGCUCACCAGGCCGUCCCAGAUGAAGCGCUCGGCUUCCUUAGCGAGGCUGGGUCACCUGAAUCUGCACAAGAGCGGGGUGUCUGAGGUAGAGUUGGUGUCCCCCGAAGGCCUUCACCCCGACCUCUUCCAGCCCUUCAUCGGGACGGGCCCAAAGGGGCCCUCCCUGGAAGAGCCCUCAGCCAGACUCGGAUCCCUCUCCCAGCACCUAGAGCCCACCACGUAUUUUGUAGAGCCGCUGAGAAUGGCGGAGUGCAUGGCGCAGAGCAAGCCUGUCGAGCGGCCUCUGGCGCAGUAUGCCAAAGAGCUGGGGUCGGCUCCGCAGGGCUUGCUCCCCGGUUCAGGACACGAAUUGACUAGUUCUGGUGGGGGCCUCGGCUCACCCCAGAGACAGCAGGGAUUAGAUCCUCCAUGCCCCGGCCCCGGCCUGACCGUAGCUGAGCGACCGCAGCAUGGGAGAACUCAGCCUCUUAGGAGACUAAAAAAGUCCAAUGACAAAAAGCGGACGACCAAUCCCUUCUAUAAUACCAUGUGAUCCGGAGCCCACCCGGGACUUUUCAAGGGAAAUGUGUGUUUGUAAAAGGGGCAGGUGUAAUAUGUAAGGAACAUGCACUUUAUUGGUUAAUUUUCUAUGUUUUGGUCAUUUUACUAUUGCUGGCGCAUGCAGGGUGUGGGUUUUCUGUGUGUGACUGCGAGGCCAUUUUAUCCUUGGGGUUUUUGUUUUGUUUUGUUUUUAAAGAAACUCAGACAACCUCAAAAAAAAGAAAAAAACCACCUCAUUUUCAAAGAACACCAUCCAAAGCAAAUUGCUGUUUUUCAGAAGCUCCCCUUGCUUCUUCUCUCCUGGUCCCAGAGGUACAUGCCUGCGAGGCACAGGAAGGUGAAGCGAGAGGCCAGGGGAAGUGAAGGGAGGUAGACAUUGGCAGAGCCCAAGCCGAGGGUCCCUCUGAACGUGCUUUGAGUCUCAGGUUUGGCCACAUGGGUCACAUGGAAAGGUGGCAGAAGUCAAACUCCAGACCCUGGUCUCUUCCUUGAAUGGGUGGCUUCUGCUUUGAUUUUACAAGGGGCAUUCACAUAGCAUCCAUUUCUUCCCAACCUCUAGCUCUCAGUGUUUUGCUGAAGGGCUCAACUGGAGGCAGGAUUUGAUUUACUAAAUAGCUUCUUGUGGCACCAGAACAAAAUCCGAAAAAGGCCUCCCAAGGUGAGGAGGUCUAGAGGCAGCCCUAGAAGCCCAUCUCACUACCUGGUCUGUCCUUUCUGAAAUGGGUUCUGUAUUCAUCCACUUUCCUUUAGGGAAAAAUAUUUUCAACAGAAAUGAAUGACCCGUUGAAAAACAGCAAUCAAAAGAUGAAGUGUUCUUUUAAAAUGAACUGUCACUAGGGUUUUAACCCUUUCAUUACUUGAAUACUGCUGUGGGCCUUCUGAGUUUAAUGGCCAUAUUUUCCCCCACAUUUUUAUUUUUCUUUCCCAUGCCGUGUUUCCUCCAAUGCUGCCUAUGUUUUAUGGGUAAUUUUUAAAAAUUAUUUCAUAGGAAACAUUUGAAUUGUUACAUUACAUGUGUAUAGCCUCCAUCAAAUGCAAAGCUUUCUUUUCUAUAUUGUCACUGUUAACACUUGACGAAAGGUAUUUUUCCUUUACUGGAAGUUUUGUCGUUUUCCUAAAUUGUAUAUACAAUAUUUAUGUAGAUAAUUUUGUUAUUUUC